AUGCCACUCUUAUACAGGAAAGUGGUGGUUUUCGGAGCAACGAGCGGCAUUGGAGAAGCACUCGCCAAUCGUCUUGUUGAAGAAGGCUCCUUUGUCAUAGCAGUUGGUCGACGCAAAGAGAAUCUCGAUGCUCUUGUAAAGAAGCAUGGGCCUGAGAAGAUACAAGCCAUUCCGUUUGAUAUCACUCAGCUGAGUUCGAUCCCCGACUUUGCCACCAACAUCAUCAACACGCAUCCGGACUUGGAUUGCCUUGUUCUUAAUGCCGGAAUUCAGAGGAAAGCCGACUUCAGUAAUCCUGACUCGAUUGACGUCGAUGUGCUGAACCUCGAGUUCACGACUAAUUACCUUUCUCAACUAGCUCUGACCAAGGCUUUCUUACCAUUUCUGCAGAAGAAGACCGCCGAGUCAGCAUUGGUAUAUAUGUCAUCUGCGCUGGCCUUGGUGCCUAUGAUACGAUGCAGCAAUUAUUGUGCUUCCAAAGCAGCUCUGCACCACUUCGUUAUGUGCCUGCGUGGCCAGUUAAAGGAUUCUAGGAUCGAGGUUGUCGAGGUCUUUCCUCCAGCUGUGCAGACUGAGCUCCACGAUGAGAGGCAUCAGCCGGAUCUCAAGAAUGGGCGUUCAAUGGGAAUGCCUUUGGACGAGUUCACGGAUGAGGCAUUCACUGGAUUAGCAAACGGGGAUGAAAAUGUCGUAAUUGGGAUGUCCCAAAUGGCGUGGGAAGCCUUUGAGCUCAAGCGACAGGAUAUUUUUAAGCGGCUGUUGGCGUUGACAGAGUUGGCUCGCUAA